UGUGAGGUAUAAUUACCAUUCAAACCUCUUCUCCAAAAAUAUAACAUCCAAAUUCACUAAUCAAAAAAUAAAAACAUCCAAAUUUUCAUCAAAUUACAGCAAAAAAUUGGUAAUAAAAACUCCUAAAAAUUUGGCAAAUGAACGACAACAAUUUCAAGUUAAAAAAACUAUUUUACAAUUCCUAAAUUUACAAUUCCAAAAUCACAAUCAAUUCUUUGACUCACAUCCUCAUGAAAGACCAUAACAUUAUACAUGCUCCACAUUUUCCCCACUUGCUUCCCUUUUGAUCAUUCAAACAAUUAAACCCUCCAACCAAUUUAGACCAUUUCAACCCUAAUUCAAUUCAACCCCUCUUACACCCUUUAAUUUCUUAUCCCAAAAUUUCUUCAAUCAUAAUUAUAUAACCAAAAACCAAAUUGUUAUGGCGAAAAAAAUGAGCCAUCGCCAUAACAAUUUGAGCAAAUAAAUAAAAAAAAGGAAUUAUUAGACGUCGCCCUAAAAGCCUGAAACACAACCCGUGUUAAAUCCCACAAAAAAAAAAAUGGAUACCUUCAACCCCGAACAAAUAAAACAACUAAAACACAUAUUUGAACGUUUCGACAUGGACUCGGAUGGGAGCAUAACGCAGCUAGAACUAGCUGCGUUGCUACGCUCCCUAGGGGUGAAACACACGGGUGAUCAAAUAUACGCGUUGUUAACAUCUAUGGACUCGAAUGGUAAUGGUUACAUUGAAUUCGACGAAUUAGCACAUGCCUUAUUACCCGAGCUAAACAACCAUGAUAUAAUGAUCAACCAAGAACAGUUAUUAGAUGUUUUUCGGCUGUUUGACCGCGAUGGGAACGGGUUCAUCACGGCAGCCGAGUUAGCCGGAUCAAUGGCUAAGAUGGGUCAUCCUUUGACGUACAGAGAAUUGGCUGAAAUGAUGAAGGAAGCUGAUACAAAUGGAGAUGGUGUUAUUAGUUUUAAUGAGUUUGCUAGUAUUAUGGGUCGUUCUGCUGCUGAUAUGUUUGGCCUUAAUAUUACUUGUCCUGUUUCUUAGAUGUUACAAUCAAUUUUACUACUAUGAUUUUGUAAUGUUCAAUGAUAUAAGUAUAUAUAAACCAUGUUUCAUAUUCU